GCCACCCAGGGGUGAAGGAUGCCGCUCUGGGUGUUCUUCCUCGUGCUCCUCGCCCUCAGCAGCAGCUCCCAUGGCUCCCCGCCCCCCUCCCUGCCCCUCAGGAUGCGGCGGUACGCAGACGCCAUCUUCACCAACAGCUACCGGAGGGUGCUGGGCCAGCUGUCUGCCCGUAAGCUGCUCCAGGACAUCAUGAGCAGGCAGCAGGGAGAGGGAAACCAGGAGCAAGGAGCAAAGGUUCGGCUUGGCCGGCAGGUAGACAGCAUGUGGGCAGAACAAAAGCAAGUGGCAUUGGAGAGCGUCCUGGUGGCCCUGCUGCAGAAACACAGGAACUCCCAAGGAUGAAGACUCCUCCCAUGGUUCAGGCUACCUGUAGCCACAACUGGAUCCAGCUCCUCCUCUUUCAUUUCUGACCAGCUUUUUCCUUUGUAAAUACAAUAAAAUGUCCCCAUACUGGUCUGCAUUUA